CGUGCCGGCUCCCCCAAUCCGAGGCCCCCCUCCCAACCUAUUUCUACGCGCACCACCCGUUCCGUCGCCGGUGACUCGUCUCGGCUCGUGCUACUGCUACCACACUUCGGAUUGCCACCGGUUUCGCCAUCGAUCCCGGCGCCUCGGAUCAUCAGUUCGGUUGCAGGAGUCCGCGGCGGUCCGAUCGGAGGUGGUGCGGCGCGCGAUGGCGGCGACGGCGCCCACCGUGCGGGGGUACGGCCCGGCGGCGUCGUCGUCGUCGGUGGCGCUGCCCCGGCCCAGGAUGACGGCGUCGUUCGUGCCCGUGACGACGCGGCGGGCGGCCUCGGUGCGGCUGCGCGCGGCGGUCGCGGACGCGCCCCAGGGGCUGCAGCUCCGAGACCGGGAGGAGGGGUUGUUGGGGAGCGUGUUUGGCGGAGGAGAUGGUGAUGAGGAGGAGUUGGAGAAGGUUGGGGAGGAGAAGGUGGAGGGGUGGAUGCGGGAGUCGAUCGCGGAGAUCGUGCGGCACAUCGGGGAGGCGCCGUUCCUGGUGCACCUGUUCAGCAGCGACGACGACGACGGCGUGACGGUGCGGCGGGAGCCCACGUCGCCGGAGAGCUGGCCCGACGUGCAGCGCCGGUGGGGGCCGGGCGGGCAGCGGCGGCCGGACGGGAUCAUCCUGGUCGAGCAGGUGGCCGCCGCGGCCGCGGACGGCGGCGCCUCCGCCACGGAGGCGGCUCGGCAGGUCUGGGGCUUGGUGGUGCAGGCGCGCGGGAUGGAGUGCGCGUCCUGUUACGUGCUCGACACCUGCCGCGUGCGCUCCUCGGCCGGCUUCUGCACGCACUUCUGCCUCGCCCGGGCGCAGUGCUUCGGCGACCCCGUCGAGCUCCAGCUCCGCAACGCCUGGCUCAACCGCCUCGCCGGCCGCCGAUAGCCGUCCGCCGCCGCCGCCCAUGGCCGCUGCUACUACUGAUCUACUACUACUAAUAGUAUUCGAUGCGCCAACGGCCAAAUGCAAUGAUGCCUCCAGUUUGCCGGCAAGAACGAGGAAGAGAAGCGUGGGGAUUGGAAGCAGGGGAGACGAACAUAAUCGAUGAAAUCUUUUCGUUCAGUUCGGUUUCUCCCUGAUUUAGAUGUCAAAUGUACAGAUUACUGAUUGUAAUUCUUGCAAUCUUGCUUGCUUAUUCAAUGAUCAAGAUUCGUCGAGGCAAUUACAAUGCAUUGCCUGUUGCUAGACCAAAAAA